AUGACUAUUCAAUCCCAAUCUGUCUUUCUUUCUUUCUUUCUUUCUUUCUUUCUUUCUUUCUUUCUAUUCAGCCCCAAUCUCUAUCUAUCUAUCUAUUCUGUGCCAAUCCGUAUCUUUCUUUCUUUUUUUUUCUUUCUUUCUAUUCAGUCCCCAUAUCUAUCUAUCUAUCUAUCUAUCUAUCUAUCUAUCUAUCUAUCUAUUCAGUGCCAAUCCCUUUCUUUCUUUCUUUCUUUCUUUCUUUCUUUCUUUCUUUCUAUUCGGUCCCAAUAUCUAUCUAUCUAUCUAUCUAUCUAUCUAUCUAUCUACACCUGGUUUCUUAUAUGUCUGUCUCUUAUUGAGAAAUCGUUCUUUUAUAUUUUCAUUCAAUCGUUGGUCUAUUUUUCUUUUUCUAUCCCUUCCCUUGCCAUUAUACAACCUGUUGUUAACCAUAUCUAUUCCCCUCAAGGCCGGAGUGCUACUAGUUCGUAUCUCUCUAUCUAUGUAUUCAAUACCUAUCUGUUUAUAUCUAUCUUCCCAGUAUCUAUCUAUCUAUCUAUCUAUCUAUCUAUCUAUCUAUCUAUUCAGUGCCAAUCACUUUCUUUCUGUCUAUCUAUCUACCUAUUCAAUACAUAUCUGUUUAUAUGCAUUUGUAUGACUAUUCAAUCCCAAUCUUUCUUUCCUGCUUGCUUUCUUUCUUUCUAUUCAGUCCCAAUAUCUAUAUAUCUAUCUAUCUAUUCAGUGCCAAACAAUUUCUAUCUUUCUAUCUAUCUAUCUAUCUAUCUAUCUAUCUAUCUAUCUAUCUAUCUACAUUGCAUUUGA